AUGCCAAGCCUUCCGGAUGCGCUUCGAUGUGCAGCAGACCACGGGCAUCAGGUAGUUCUGGAGCUUCUGCUGCAUCUUCGCGCCAAUCCAAACGUUCCCGCCGACAGUGGCGCCCACGGCGUCGGUUUUACACAGGUGGGAGCCUACCCGUUGCAUCUGGCCGCCAAACGUGGCCGCCUCGAGGUGAUGGAGGUCUUGCUGAAAGCCGGAGCCUGCAUAGAUGCGGCCGACCAAAACGGGCGGACCGGGCUCAUGGUGGCAGCGGCGAGUGGACAGCAUUCUGCCAUCCUCUGGCUGCUUUGCCAUCGAGCGGCAGCGGAUAGCAGCACUCACUACGGCUACACGGCCUUGCACUACGCGGCCCUCGUUCCGAGACCGGAGGUAGUCCACGCCCUGUUGGAGGGCCGUGCGAGCUCAAAUGUGGUGGACCGUGAAGGUCGCAGUGCUUUGCACGCAGCUCUCUCGACAUUGCCCAGAGCACGUACGGAGGGUGCCGCCGUGUCCACAAGCUGCGAUCCGUCAGGCAUUGGCGAUGAGUAUUGCUAUGAGAAUGACAUUUCUCAUGGCUACAGAAGGAAUGAGCAGGAGGCGGCGCAAGUCCAGGCAGUCCAAACUGCCGUGACUGCCCUGAUACGCCACGGAGCCGACGCAGAGCUGCGAGACUGUUCCGGCCGCUCCGCCAUCGACGUGGUUCAGGACAAGCGUCGGCCUGACCUUGCGGAGUGGCUUCGGAAGCUGUCGGAUCCGGGCUGCGAAGCUUCGGGUCCGCUGAGCCGAGCAGCGACUUUGCUGGCCUACGUCGGAAACUUUGCGGCAGCGUGCUGCGGAGAGCAAAAAGCGCCAAUGUGCGCUGCGAGUGCGGUUCGCCGGACUCGGCGUGGAUCAAUUUUGCCCGCGAGCCAAUGGCAUGCCCAAAGUCUUGGCGUGAUUGGCGUGUGUCUGCUGCUAACUCUGCCCAGAGAGACCUCGGGUGUGGGAGCCUUGAGCUUCGUCCCGGCUGCUUGGCGGCACGCUGGACGGCUAGACGCGGUACGGGGGAUAUCGGUGCCGGUGUGGUUCGAUUUCGCUGAGGUCGCUGUCACGGAGCAUUGCGAGAAGGGCGAGUGGUGUGCCCUUCCUGAUAACUUUUUGUCUGCUCACGAAGCCUUCGAGUUCGCACUUCUUCGCAUCAACGAAAUGCGGCAAAAGUGCUAUGGCUUCACGCUUGCACCUGUAAGACGACAAGAUUACAUGGUGGCUGGAACCCUGCGGAAAGAUAUGGAUGGCUACUCCCUCUACCAUCUGCGUCUGAAUUCAACGAAUCAAUUCGUUCCGACCAAAGUAGAUGUGGAAGUGGCUCACUUGCAUCGCAUCACCGAUCUGUCCAUCUUCCAGGUCACGAAAGUCGAGCCACAAGCUUGCAACCUUUUCAGUGCUGCCGACGAUGCUGAACUCCUCAUUCCGACAAGUUGGCAAGAAGCCAAGGAAGCAGCUGAGACUGCGAGGAAGGUCUUCAAUGAGCAGAUCAAGACAUUCUGCCCCGAGAAGCGGCCUUUGCAGAUCCUCCGCAUCCUGGCCGCGGCGCGGCAGCCAGUGGAGGGCAAGGUGUUGAGAUUGCAGUUGGAGCUGCGACAGGAAGAGGAGAACUUCGGCGGAUCUUUCGAAGAGCAGGUCCUGGUUUCCUAUGCCCUGGACCAUCACGUGCCAGAGGAGAUGUCACUGGUACCCGAGGUCUAUGCAGGUCGGUACCCGUGCAUGAUGGGACAACAGGAGGAUGAGCAGACCGCUCUGGACUUCUUCAAGUCCAGCCGACGAUUGGGCUCCGGGAAAGCAUCCGAGCGCAGGCUGUCUUGGGAUCCAACCUCUGCGUCCGAAGCGGCAGCUGCGGCUGGGCGCGACCAUCAGCUGGAGCGCCCUUUCCAGGAGCAAGGUUUGGAUCUGCCGGACAACUUCGACCCUCGAGUGGAGAAGACACUGUGCUUUCCUCGUGGCAUCUCCCGGCAUCAAGGCAGCUGCGGUUCCAGCUGGGCUUUUGCUGCGACAGCCGUGGCCUCUUUCCGUGAAUGUCUGGUCAAACUGCACGGAGGUGAGGUGCCUGCUUCCUUGAGCUUCCUGUCAGCCCAGGAGCUCGUGUCGUGCUCCGCACACCACGGCUGCUCCGGUGGAAGUGCAGCCGAGGCUUUCUACUACAUGAAGCAGCACGGGGCGGCCAGGGAAACCUGUUCACCAUAUCGAAUGCGAUGCUUCCAUGACCAGUCCACUAUAUCCAUGGAGGCCGCAGACUUCAAGACCGCCGUGGCUCAUACACAGAGUUCGGAAUCUGCGACAAUGUGCCACGAGUCUGCUGAUGCGGAGACAGCUGCCUGUAAAUGCCUGCCCAACGUCUUCCACCUUUCGGAAACGGUCGCCUGUGACUUGCUUCCAGCUGCAUGCCCAAAGACUCGAAUACCCAGCUACUUCAAGAUCCGGGGGACUAUGGAGGGCAAUACCGUGCCGGAGUUGGAGCGCCACAUGAUGCAGGAGCUGAUUACCGACGGUCCCUUGUACGUGUCGCUCUUCCUUUAUGAGGACUUCUUUGAUCAGACCUCUUGGUCCGAAAGUGGGAUCUACGAGCACAGACGCGGUGAUCCUCUCGGAAGGCACGGUGCUGCGCUGAUCGGCUGGGGCACGGACAUGGACAGCCGUGACUAUUGGCUGCUGCUCAAUUCUUUUGGAAUGCAGUGGCGGCAGGGAGGCUACUUCAAGAUUCUACGUGGAGACACACCCGAACAGUUGCUCCACUACGGUGCCUGGGGUGCAGAUUUUCAGUCUACCCAAGAUGAAGAGAAGCGUGCUCCGGCAAUCUUCGCAGUGGAGGUGUCCUUUUCACCCGUUCCUCUGCGCCAUGGCAUCGCCAGCGAGCCUUUGACGGAGCUUGCGCAUGUUUGGUUGCGUGUUGCGUUUGCCACCGACGAGCGGGCCAAAGCUCUCGUCCGCGUGCUCGGACUGGCAAGCGGUAUGACAGCAGAAGUUUCAGAGAAAUUCACGCCGGCCAACACGGUGGAUCUUGGAGAAAUAGAAGGAGGUGAGACUCACACCGUCCAGAUUGACCUCAUGAAGCACUCUUUGUUGGGUGAUCGGCUUGAGCUGCGUGUUUGGGCAUCUGACAAAGCCGACAACACGGGAAGCUGGGGUCCGGUGGCCUUCGACGUCCCUGAUCUGCACGUCUUCAGGAAAUCCCUAUCAGGUGCGGGGUAG